UCUAUUUCCUUAAUUCUGUUUUGGAGGAUUGUGACAAAAGCAACCCCACAAUCUGCAUAGUGGCUAUGGAUGCGGUCCAAUAAAAUCAAAGUAUUUAAUAGUACUUCAUUUCUUACCCAGAUCAUUAUUGUACUUGAAGUACUAGAAACGACUGUUACAAUACGUCUAAUUGAGUGGUAUCUCCCGCUAGUAGGGGUAGUAUAGGUCCGAGGAUGACAGUCAACCAGGACUCUAAUAUGUGUAGCAAGACCGCAGACUAUCGGGGUCUUGCGUCGCUGAUGGGCAACUAUGGCGACACGGCAAUCUUCCGCCGAUUUCGCAUGUUGAACCUACAGAGUCUACUCCACAUGCAAGCCGAAAUAGUACAUCUUGAGCAAGAAUUGCAGGAGAUUUAUCAAGAAGAUAAGGAGUCUACAGAUCCUGUCAGACAGUCAUAUCAGAGUAAUUGGAAAGCAAUGGAAGACAGUUCUCGAACAGGCGGCGAUUCUCUGCAACGAUCGAAGCUGUUGGAAGUAAGGGAGAAGCUAGAAAAGUACUAUGCUUCUUUACUUACACAGGCUCAACUCAAUGCUCUCCCGCGCCCCGAAGAACGUAAUAUCGGAGUUCUUCGGGAAUGGCUGCAAAGACCAGCUUAUGGCAACAUGUUCUUACGAGGUUUCGAGAAACGUACUUGGGACGUUGAACAAGUUGACUUCGUAGCGCUGCAAAAGCAAGCGGACGAUAGUGAUCCUCUUACUCGCUGGCUUUUCCGUGUAAUACCUGGUUUCUUUCAUAACCGAUGGGCGCAUCGAUGGAAAAGCCCCGUACACGGUAGAGAAGGCGAAGAAGAUCUUUUUGACUAUAAAAGCUCUACUAUCGUGAGAUUUGCUACGUCAGCUACUACUUUAUUGUCGACCGCAUUCCCGCUUGUCUCCAUUCCCAUUCUUUACUUCGUCGAGAAUAUGCUGAAACGAUUGGGGCUUAUUGUGGUGUUUACGUCUCUCUUUUCUCUAGCUCUACUGUUUACGUCCAAUGCCCGCCGCGUGGAAAUCUUCAUGGCCUCCUCAGCGUUCGCCGCAGUUCAAGUUGUAUUUGUUGGUAGUACGGAUACACCUUGUAGCGCAUGAAAUACCUAAAAUCCUACUCGGUAGAAAUAUAUUACUUUAUUCAAACCCCAGAAUGAAAUUCCAGUUGAUUACGGAUUCCCCGUUAGAGAUGCUUUGAAACGGCAACGUUGUAACAGAGACCUGAGGGGGGUUGCGCAUAGAGACCUCUAGCAGGGGACAGUAAACCUGCGCACGACUUCACUUUCACUCAGGAAUAAAGAUCAUGAAACCCGAUAAAAGUCUU